AUGAAGAAAACCUCCAUUCCCGAUAUCUGCCAGACCAUCAAAUCCUCCUCGAUCGGCCUGCAGUUGUUUGCGAUAAGUUUGGUGUCAUCAUCCUCUGGUAUCUCCCCUGGAGCUAUCGAUAUAGACAUACAGCAUGAUUUUUACAAACCCAUCUGGUCUCGGCAACUCUUAAACGAGAUGGAAGGUCUUUGUCAGGCAAUGCAGAGACCGGCGGCGCUCAUUGCUGCCGCCUUGAGAGUCAUGCACCCUGACCUCUAUCGGGCAUCAUUAGCAACACAGCUGGCCCUUGGCCUCGGGGCAGCAGAAAAGAAAUUGGAUGAAAUGGGUGCUCGCCUCAGAGAGUGGGCAUCCGUAUUUACAGCUGUCGCCGUUUCCCAUCCCCAAUGGUUCAAUGUCAUGACUAGCAUCGGCAAUUAUGGAGCGGCAAGGAUGAAGAUGCCGAAUAUAGGGAUUGAAAUUGUCUAUGGUCCAGGCGCCAUGGCUGUUGGUUCAGGGAGAAUUAUCAGGCAUGGGGUGGAUAUGGACACCGGCCGAAUAGCCUGGGUGUGGUAUAUGAGGGAUGAUGUACAUGAGUUUGUAGAUAUGCCCCGAGCUGACUACUCACGGUACAACUCAAUAGUCAGCGGCACCAAAAUCAGGACUUGA